CUCCAUUCCCCAGAGCAGAAAGCCUUGCCUAAGGGAGGAGGCUCGUGCACGGGUGCUUUUCAUGGCAGUCCCUUCCCCCCAGUGGGUGCGAUGACUCCCAUCGUCGUCUGUCAAGAAUUCACCCUCCUUGCAAUAUGUACAUUAUGCCAAAUGUCUUUCCAGGCAGGGAGCUUACCUGCACUGAGCUGUACCCGGCCUGGGAGGGUGUCCAGGCACACUCUCUGCCAGUGCUGACUCUACACCUGCCUACAUGUUCUGCUGACUCACGUUUUUUUCACCUUGCGCACAGAGUCUGCAUUAUAAACGCCUUCUUGUAGCUCCAAUUCCAACAAAUGCAAUUAUGCCGCAAAUUAAAUGUUGUUUUAUUUACAUGUAAAAUAUUUUUAAAGUAAGCAAUUAUACUACGCACUCUUCAGUCUGCCUGCCAGGGGACAAGCUUACAAGCAUAGCCAUUCUAGUGCUCAGUAUUUUAGUUUGAAAUGCCAUCUGAAAACUUUUGCCUGUAGGGUUCUGUUAUUGUUGUUGUGUUUUGUUGUGGUCCUUUAUUUUAUAGUGACUUGCAAGCAGAUUGAACAUCUGUCCUCUUGCCUUUUGCUGUGCCCUGAGUGAUUGUGUGUUUUAACAAAGAAUAGAGAUGUUUUUCCAACUGCUAUGAAUUAACCGCUUACUUAACCCGCAUUCUGUGUUAAAAAUUAACCUGUUCAUUAAUGCUCUAGGCCACAAUUAUGUCAGGAAGUACAAUGAGUUUGAACCAUGAAAACCCACAGCCUCGUAGCCAGCUGGGAAGACAAGCCAGCUUCCAGGAGAGAAGUUCUGUAAGGCCACAUUACAGUCAAGCUACUCGUAGCAACACAUUGCCGUCAGAUGUGGGGAGAAAAUCCAUGGUUCUGAGAAAAAUUAAGCAAGAAAUGAAAGAAAUCAUGUCACCAACUCCUGUGGAGUUACACAAGGUAACUUUGUACAAGGACUCUGAUGGAGAAGACUUUGGGUUCAGUGUCUCGGAUGGUUUACUGGAGAAAGGCGUCUAUGUUAAAAACAUUCGCCCAGCUGGCCCUGGCGAUCUGGGAGGGUUAAAACCCUACGACAGGCUUUUACAGGUAAACCACGUUCGCACCAGAGACUUUGACUGCUGCCUGGUUGUGCCCCUCAUUGCGGAGUCUGGCAAUAAGCUGGAGCUGGUGAUCAGCAGGAACCCGCUGGCGUCUCAGAAGGGAAGCUCAGAGCAGCAGAGCUCAGGGAGCGGGGAGUGGAGCGACCCGAGUCACGCCUUCCUGCAGCAGAGCGGACACGCCAACGUUAGCGUGGAGACACGGGAUCCCACCAACACCUUAUAGCAGAACAUCCUUCCAGUGGGACAUUCGGUAACGAAAAGACAAUUAUGGUGCUAAACCCCUUUAAGAUUUCUCUGAGAUUGAGGCUCAGACACUAUUAUAGCACUAAAAAGCACAGGAGGUCAGUCUUUCUGUCUCAAGGCUUAUAGUAAUUCAUGGUUACUUUGGAAAAACUUUAAUUCUUCAUUAAGUCAAGUUGUUCCAUUCUAAACAAUCUAGCAUUAGCAACGGUAGAAAAAAAUCCUAAGGGCCUUUUUUCCCCCAGAAAAAAAGAAACUGGGGAGAUGUUUUAAAUAUGAUUUAAAUGUUCCUCUCUUUUCCUCAGCAGCUGCUAUUUGAGGGAAAAGCAUGGAAUUAACCUCUGCUAACAGUGGUGUCCAGGUUACAUGGUUACACACUUUUAAAAACAUUUUAUCCAAAAGGUGUUGUCUGAUGGACGAGUGGAACGUUGCACCGGGUUUUCUUGUGAAAUGGCUAGAUCUGUGAUUUUGGGGACCUUUGUUCUGCUGGCAAGAAGGGUGGGCUCUUCAGACAAAGGAUGGUUUAACCAAAUGGUCGUUGGAAGCUGCAGCAGGCGGUGAACAUCACUCCCCCUCUUUGGUAAGUUUUGUUAGAACAUCUGUUACUCCCUAUGCAACGAAAUAUCUGCCCCUCUCUCUUGCAUCCUGUGGGGAUUUUUAAGCAGAGACUUUUUGAAUGGGAUAAAAACCUCUGAAGGAGGAUUACUGACAAGAGUAAAACUGAAAUGACUGCAGACAAAUUAGAAACAUUUUAAAAGAAAAUGGCUUUUUAUAAACUAUGUCAGUAGAAGAUUGAUACAAAAGCUCUUCAAUGAUCCAUAAACCUGUACUGUCACACAUGAGCUUUUUAAGUUAAACAAUUUCUUGAAGGGACAGAAGUCCUAUUUAAUAUACUUUGUUUUCAGCCUUCUUUACAAUAAAACAUUACAAAAACAACAUUACCCCCUGCAACAGAUUUUUAGAAUUUAAAACUGUAAAUAUAUUUUACGAACACAUCACAAAUUCUCUCCUCUCCCCUCAAGCAAUAAAAUACUGCCAGUUGCUUUAUACGCUCACCAGCAGCUGCUUUGGUUUAUUCCGGUAUUCAAGUUGUUAUUGGUAAUUAUUGUUAUUGGUGAAUAUAAAGAUACUGGAUUUGUACAUUUGUAGAGUCUCCAUAUCUAAGCAAAUCACCUUAACAGAGUUGUUUCUGGUCAAUUGAAACUGUUUCACUGUAUCCCUCUUGCUAUUUCUGAUACAUGAACAAGCUCACCUUGCCCCCCACACAUGAGUAGCUCUGAUUUCUAUUUCAGCACUGCCAGAAAAGGUCAGAAUGACAUUCAAAUGCUGAAUCAUGUAUAAAAAAAAAAAAAAGAAAAUGUUCAUGAGUCACUUAAAUAUGUAUUUUUAUUUGUAACAAAUAAGUAUUAAACUGUAAAGUAUUUUUGUACAAAUUUAAUACUUUAAUAGCAUGAUAUUUAUCGUCUAUGUUAUGUUUUUUGAAAUUCAAACUGUUGCAAAUAUUUGUAUGGAAAACUGUAUAAAUUGAAAUAAACAGUGAUUUAAAGACAUUAAAA